CGACAACAACAUAGCUCCUUCACGUCUCCGUUGCUCCUACAGACUAUGUCCAAUCCAUAUGACUAUACAGUUGGCUGGAUUUGCGCUAUUGCAACUGAGUAUGUUGCUGCGCAAGUCUUUCUCGAUGAAGAACACAAAGGACCUGAAGCCGUGUCCACACACGACAACAACGACUACACUCUGGGCAAGAUCGGGAAACACAAUGUCGUCAUUGCAGUUCUUCCGCAUGGCGAAUAUGGGAUAUCAUCCGCUGCUGGCGUCGUGAAAGAUAUGCUUCACAGCUUUCCCAACGUCAGAGUCGGCCUGAUGGUCGGUAUCGGCGGUGGUGCACCAAACUCCAAGCAAGACAUCCGCCUUGGGGACGUCGUGGUGAGUGCUUCUAGCAAUGGCAAGGGCGCGGUGUUCCAGUACGAUUUUGGAAAGGCCGUGCAAGGCCAGGAAUUUCAGGAGACGGGAUUCUUGAAUCAGCCACCCACGGUUUUGCGAACAGCGGUGAACGGACUUAUGACGCAGUACAAGCGCAAAGGGCACCAGAUUGAUACAUCUAUCAACAACAUUUUGACUAAGAACCCGAGACUCAAGAGAGAGUUUGGCCGGCCCGAGUCGAGCACCGAUCGACUAUAUCAGCCUGGAGCAGUUCACCCGCCAGAUGACCAGUCUAGCUGCGCGACAGCUUGUGGCGAUGACCCAUCGACCUUAAUAGUACGACCCAAUCGUACUGAAUACAAAGACAAUCCGUCGAUUCACUAUGGUCUGAUCGCUUCGUCGAACAGACUAAUGAAGGAUGCUUUGACUCGGGAUACACUUGCAGCAAAGAAGGGCGUUCUCUGUUUCGAAAUGGAAGCGGCUGGUUUGAUGAACCACUUUCCCUGUCUCGUUAUCCGCGGCAUCUGCGACUACUCUGAUUCGCACAAAAACAAAGAGUGGCAAGGAUACGCAGCGAUGACAGCUGCAGCGUACGCCAAAGAUCUGCUCUGUCGUAUUGCGCCAACUCAGGUUGAAGCUGAGAAGAAGAUUAGCGAAAUCAUCUCUGAUUUACAGUACGAGGUCUCAGGUACAUCUAGGAAAGCUGACAUAAUUAUCCAUCAUCAGCGGACACAGCAGCAUAAAGAUAUCUUGGAUUGGCUCACGCCAGUCAACUACAGUCCUCAGCAAAGUGACUAUCUCGGAAGGCGACAGCCGGGAACUGGUCAAUGGCUCCUUGAUACAGUACAGUUCCGCACCUGGCGUGACACCGGCGGUCAAACUUUGUUCUGUCCAGGUAUUCCAGGCGCUGGUAAAACAAUUCUUACCUCGAUCGUGGUCGACAAUUUGGAAACACUAUUCCGAGAUAACAGGAAUGUCGGUAUUGCAUACGUUUAUUGCAACUUCCGGCGCCAAGACGAGGAAACGGCUAAGGAACUUCUGGCGAGUCUUCUUAAGCAGCUAGUUCAAAGCCUGCCGACUUUCCCAGAGAGCGUGAAGUCGCUCUACGACCAGCACAAGGAUAAGCAGGCGCGACCAUUAUUGGAGGAAAUUUCGAGGACCCUCCAAUCUACAGCCAAACUGUAUUCAAGAGUCUUUAUUCUCAUUGAUGCACUUGACGAAUGUCGAGCAUCCGAUGGCAGUCAGACAAGGUUCUUAGCGGAGAUCUUCGAGCUUCAAGCCAAGUCUGUAGCCAACGUCUUUACGACUUCGAGAUUUAUCCCCCAUAUCACGGAGUUAUUCAAAGGCAAUAUUUUACUGGAAAUCCGUGCUGCAGAUGAGGACGUGCGGAGAUACCUCCACAAUCACAUGUCACGAUUGCCAGCUUUCGUCCGUCGUAGCCCAGAACUUCAAGAGGAGGUCAUAACCGGGAUAGUUGACUCGGUGGGAGGGAUGUUUCUCCUUGCACAGCUUCAUCUUGAAUCUCUAAUCGGCAAGAUAUCGGUCAAAGCGGUCCAUAGCGCUCUUGCGAAGCUACCAAGUGGAUCGAAUGCGUACGGCCAUGCGUAUGACGCGGCGAUGGAACGAAUCGAGAAGCAGGUACCAGACCACCGAGGCUUGGCUAGGCAGAUCCUAUCAUGGAUUACCUGCGCAAGGAGGCCGCUUACUACUGUAGAGCUUCGGCAUGCUCUCGCUAUAGAAGUUGGCACGACGGAGUUUGAUGAAGAUGCGUUGCCAGAGAUUGAAGAUAUGGUUGCAGUGUGUGUUGGGCUUGUUACGAUCGACGAACAAAGCAACACCAUUCGACUAGUGCACUACACGACACAGCAAUACUUUGACAGAACCCGAGGAAAAUGGUUUCCGAGCGCAGAGGCUGAUAUCACGACCACUUGUGUUACCUACUUGUCAUUCAAUGUCUUUGAGAGCGGGUUCUGUGAGACCGAUGAAAAAUUUAACGAGCGGAUGAGGUUGAACCCGUUCUACGACUACUCUGCACACUUCUGGGGCGAUCAUGCUCGCGAAGCUCCAACUCUAUGCCAGGAGUCAAAACGUUCCAAGGCAAAUAACUGGACUGCACCUGGUGGCAUACUUCGGGAUGAUAGAUGGCGUACAAAUACUGGCCAGUAA